CACGCACCCGAGCCCUUCAGUCGGUCGGCUGGGGAAGUUUUGACUGAAACUUUGAAGUCCUGAGAAGAUGAGGGCAGGAUGAGGAUGAGGAUGGUGAAGAUGACGAUGACAGAGAGUCACAAGCUGCACGUGAGGUUGAGGGAAAGUGGUAGGACUGAUACAGAGUAUGUGAGAAGCAGCCCACGCUCAGCCGAAUACCGAGAACUGAGCAGUCAAACCUGAUUCAUCAGGCCGAGACACUGUGGUCCAGCGCCGCUCCUGUGGCGGCCAUGCCCAAUCGCUGCGUCACCCCGGCUUACAGGGGCUUUCUGGGGCCCCGAACAGGUUUGAAGGACCAAACAAAACAGUGAUGUGGCAUGGCUUUGGCCUGGGUGGCCUGAUGCGUUCUCGCGAGAGCGGAGAGGAGCAACGCUAGCUGGUUCACCUAUCAUGUAAGUGAGAGGAAGCCGAGCCUGGAGUUCCUCAGCGCGGAUGGUGAACGGCCACUGCUGCGGUGACGGCCGGAAGACGAGACGCCGCAGAGGGAGUCAGCGGUGGCACAGGGGCCACAAUUCUGACCUAGUCUUUUUAAAUUUAGCCACAGUGGGUGAAUUGAAGGAUCCUCACGGAAGAAAGAAGAGAAGGGAAGGGGGGGAAAUACGGAAAAAUGGCGGCCGCGGCCUCGCCGGGCUCCGGCUCGUCCACCUCCUCGGACUGGAUUGUCCUGAGAGACGGCUGCCUUCGCUGUGACGAGGAGGGAUUGCGGAGUCUGUCGUACCACCCGGCCCUCAACGCCAUCCUGGCUGUCACCAGCCGGGGCAGUAUCAAAGUCAUUGACGGCACUUCGGGGGCCAUUCUCCAGGCAUCAGCACUGCAGGCCAAACCCGGCGGUCGUGUCAGGUGUCAGUACUUCCCUGCGGUCGACAAGGUGCUUUUCGUGGACGACUAUGCAGUGGGCUGCAGGAAGGACCUGAACGGCAUCCUGCUGCUGGACACGGCUCUUCAACCGCCAGUGUCCAAGCCCGAGGACCUGGUCCAGCUGGAGUUGCCCGUCACAGAGGCUCAGCAGGUGUUGUCAGCGUGUCAGGAGAAGAUCGAUGUGUCCAACACGGAGGGCUACGAACUCUUCAUCACGCAGCUAAAGGAAGGCCUGAAGAAUACCUCACACGAGACUGCUGCCAGUCACAAAGUGGCCAAGUGGGCGACGGUAACCUUCCACCUUCCCCACCACGUGCUGAAGCUGGUGGCCAGUGCCAUCGUCAACGAGCUGAAGAAGAUCAACCAGAACGUCGCUGCCUUGUCUGUGGCCUCGUCGAUCAUGGACAGACUCUCCUACCUCUUGUCAAGCGCUAGGCCUGAGCUCGGGGUGGGCCCGGGACGCUCGGUAGAUCGAUCGUUGAUGUACAGUGAGGCGAACCGACGGGAAACCUUCACUUCAUGGCCACACGCCGGCUACAGGUGGGCUCAGCCUGAUCCCAUGGCUCAAGCCGGUUUUUACCACCAGCCGGCCUCGACAGGAGACGACAGAGCGAUGUGUUUCACCUGCAGUGUGUGUCUGGUGUGUUGGGAGCCCACAGAUGAGCCAUGGUCCGAACAUGAGCGACACUCUCCCAACUGCCCGUUUGUGAAGGGGGAGCACACGCAGAACGUUCCCUUGUCUGUGACGCUGGCCACCAGCCCCGCCCAGUUCCCCAACACCAAAACAGACAAGAUUGCCUGCUAUGGUUUUGGAAGCUGUCCACAGUUCCUGGCAGCAGCCACCAAGAAUGGCAAGAUCUGCAUCUGGGACGUGUCCAAAAUGAUGAAGGUGCAUUUAAAGUUUGACAUCAACCCCUUCGACCCGGCCAUCCUGAGGCAGCUGAUUCUGUGUGGUGGCGAGCCGAGUCAGCAGACGCUGACAGAAUCUCGAAGACCAACUCUGGCCUGGCUGGAGGAGUCUUCCUCCUGCUCUGACCUGCCCAAGCUUGAGGGAGACAGCGAUGACCAGUUGGAGGAUUCAGACAGUGAUGAGCAUUCCCGAGCUGAGUCAGUAACAGGCCAGCCGCCCCACUUGGAGACUGUGGACGUGACGGCGCUCAGUGUGCUCCAGCAGCCGGAGAAACUCCAGUGGGAGGUGGUGGCCAGCGUGCUGGAGGACACGGUCAAGGACCUGGAAGAGCUGGGAGCCAAUCCCUCACUCAGCCAAGCCAAGGCCCACAACCAAGCCAAAGCGAAGGACAAGGCUCCGGACCACCACAACAUUCCUUUCCCCUGCCUGCUUGCUGGUGGUCUGCUCAGCUACCGCUCACCAGUCGGCGCCCCUGUGACGGGACCCCUUUCCACAUCCCAAUCUUCAUCACGCAGGGCCACAGACGGCCCUCUCAGGACUCAGGCCCCUGGGCCUCCUCAGGACCAGGGGCCCAUGGAAAUAGAGACCUGUAACACCCAGACUGCUGCCCCAGAGCAGAGCUUCUCUAACAAUGCAGGUUCUCAACCUUCCACCCCUCCCUCUCUAGCCUCAGUGCGCAGGACUAUUCCCAUGCUGCUGCUGUUCAGUAUCAAAGAGGCAGACGACAAGUCCUCAGGGCAGGUGUUUGCACAGAUGAAUAACCUCAUGAGCAAGGGCCUUCAUGAAGAGGGCUUCACGGUUCCACAGAUCAUUGAGAUGGAGUUUGAUACGCACGAACAGCUUCUGCUUCAGGAUCCUCCCAUCACCUACAUCCAGCAGUUUGCCGAAGCUGCAGCCACCCUGGCAGGGUUGGACAGUCACGUGGACAAGUGGAGCACUUUGGCUGCUGCAAACAUGUCCAGCCCUCCUCGGCCCGGAGCUCUGGUGCAGUGCUUGAGGCUGCCCAAGCAGAUGGAGGAGGAGAACCUGUACGUGGACUCCAUCACGCCGUGCUGGGAUGGCGUGCAUCUUCUAGUUGUGUUGCAGCCCUGCAAGUCAGAAUCGCUGACUGCCACCAACCAAGUUGAGGCACUGAACAAUCUCAACCGCUUGCACUCCGCCCUUUGUAAAGGUGACCCCCUUCACCAUGUGGCCAAUGGGGUGGAAGGACACCUACCUGGAGGGUCACCGCCUCAAACGACCCUUAUUCUGCCUCCGGGAGAGCACCAGGAGCCUCUGCCACCGAGGUGUACGAGUAGUGCGACAGGAGGAGGAGGGGGAGGUUAUCUUGCGCUCUACAAACUCAACUACUCGACCCACAUAGUCACCCUGGAUGAGGAGCCAGUCAAGGUGCAGCAGAUCUGGGACUCUAGUGAUGCAAUAACUUCUCUUAUAUUGCUUCCUCCCGAUGUUCUGGACAGCAGAGAGGACGAUGGGGAAGACGCUUCUGAUGAGGCUCAUUCCUCAAAUUCAAAAAAUAGUUUGUCAGGGUUUGGAGUGGCCUCAGCAUGUUCUGCUGGCUCCAGCACAGGGACUGCAUGUGGAGCCGCCACAGCCAGCAGCAGCAACAGCAGUGCUGCGGACCCCAGCCCCUCCACCUCAGCUUCAACCCAGAAGGAGAACAAGAGGGUCGAGGUGACCGGCCUGGGCCACCUUGUGGUGACCACGCAGGCCGGAUACAUCAUGAUACUGGACCUGUCCACGCUGGAGGUCUUGACGAAAGUAGAGCCACCAAAGAAGGAGGGCUCGGCUGAAGAGACGGACCCUUUUGUCUCAGUGACAUACUGCUCUGGUACAGACCGUCUGUGUGCCUGCACCAAAGGCGGAGAACUUCAUUUCCUUCAAAUUGGAGGUGUAUGUGACGACAUAGAGGAUGGCGACAUGUUUAUUGAUGGCCCCCUUUCUAAAGGGGCUGAAGUGCUGCUUGAGGGUGUGAAGCCCUCCUCCAACCCCUCCAGUCCCGGCAUCACAGGAGUGGACCUCCUGGUGGACCAGCCACUGACUGCAGAUAGCCUCACAUCAUUGGUGGAGCUGACAUACUUCGAGACGUUGACGCCGCGUUUCUCAGCCACCGUGCCGCCGUGCUGGGUGGAGGUGCAGCAGGAGCAGCAGCAGCGGCGUCACCCGCAGCACCUUCACCAGCAGCACCAUGGGGAUGCCGCCCAGCACACACGCACCUGGAAGCUGCAGAGUGACAGCUCCAGUUGGGACGAGCAUGUGUUUGAGUUAGUUCUGCCCAAGGCCUGCAUGGUGGGUCACGUGGACUUCAAGUUUGUUCUGAACUCCAGCAUCGUCAACAUUCCUCAGAUCCAGGUCACGCUGCUGAAGAACAAAUCUCCAGGACUCGGCAAAGUCAGCGAGACCGCUGUGGACAGACAGAUUCCUUUUCCUCUCUCUGUCCACCAUGCUAAUGGGGAGAGGAACGGCCAGCCGGUGUUGCACGACUUCACAGAGGACAUCCAGUUCAUGGACAUUGAGGAGACACCAGGUUCGGUGCUCUGUCAGUUCCUUGAGGACCACAAAGAAGACAUAUUGUGUGGACCAAUGUGGCUGGCCAGUGGACUGGACCUCUCUGGCCAUGCAGGCAUGAUCAGCCUCACCAGUCCAAAGCUAGUCAAAGGAAUGGCAGGUGGGAAGUACCGCUCCUUCCUGGUGCACAUCAAGGCGGUGAGUGACAAGGUGAUGGAGGACAGUCCCAGACCUGUGUUGAGGAUACCCAGUGCCAAGCCACAGAGCUCCAAAGCUCACUCGCUGUCCAUCUUGCUACAGAGAGCACAGGCCUCCAAGGAGAAGGUGUCUGUGAAGUCGGAGACCUCUGCACCCUCUAAGAAAGUGGAAAACCUGCGUGGCUGUGAUCUGCUGCAGGAAGUGUCGGUCACCAUCAGAAGGUUCAAGAAGACAUCAGUACCCAAAGAAAGGGUGCAGCGCUGUGCAAUGCUGCAGUUCCCCGACUUCCACGAGCGGCUGCUGGAAGCUCUCGUGCAGCGCUGUGAAGACACUUCAUCCACAGAGCACGCCCAGAGCCUCAUCCUCGACAUCCUGUGUUGGCUGGCUGGUGUUUUCACCAGUGGACCCUGCAGUCUGAGAGAAGGAAGGGAAGGGUUGCUAGAGAAAACCCGAGUGAGGUUGACCAAGAUCGUGCAAGCAUGUUUUUUUGAGGCUGGACGCAGCAUUGCCCACAAGUGUGCUCGCUUUCUUGCACUGUGCAUCAGCAAUGGGAAAGGAGAUCCAUGUAAUCAGGGUUUUGGUGCAAGUCUUCUCAAGGCUCUGCUGGACAAUAUGCCUUACUUGCCUGCAGCAGCGACCGGUGGUUCUGUCUUCUGGUACUUUGUCUUGCUGAACUUUGUGAAGGAGGAGGACCUGGCAGGCUGCAGCACGGCCUGCGCGUCCCUCCUGACCGCCAUCUCCAGACAGCUGCAGGACCGACUCACGCCACUGGAGGCGCUGUUGCAGACCAGGUACGGUCUGUACAGCUCUCCCUUUGACCCGGUGCUCUUUGACCUGGAGGUCAGCGGCUCCUCCUGUAAAAAUGCCUUCAACAGCAGCAUUGGGGUCCAGUCAGAUGAGAUUGACCUCUCUGACAUUCUCUCAGGAAAUGGAAAGGCCAGUGGCUGUGCCGCAGCGGAGGGCAGCUUCACAGCUCUGACAGGCCUCCUGGAGGUGGAGCCUUUGCACUUUACCUGUAUCUCCACGAGUGACGGGACACGAGUGGAGCGUGAUGAUGCCAGCAUGUUCACUGUGAGUACGUUUGGCGUGGCACCUGCGGUGGGAAACCUGUCCACUGGAGCGGUGGGCGAAGCUUCUACAGCUCUCAGCUCUGCAGCCCAGGUGGCGCUGCAGUCGCUGUCCCAUGCCAUGGUGUCGGCUGAGCAACAGCUGCAGGUUCUACAGGAGAAACAGCAGCAGCUGCUGAAGCUGCAGCAUCAGAAGGCCAAGCUGGAAGCCAAACUGCACCAGACGACCUCUGCAGCGGCAGCCGCCGGCGUGGGGCCAAUCCAUAACUCUGUGCCUUCCAACCCUGCCUCUGCUCCAGGCUUCUUCAUCCACCCCUCUGACGUCAUCCCACCCACGCCCAAAACCACGCCUCUCUUCAUGACCCCUCCCCUUACGCCGCCCAACGAGGCGGUGUCUGCAGCUUUCAGUGCCGAGCUGGCGCACCUGUUCCCUGGAUCCAUUAUGGACGCAGGGCCUGUCAACCUGGCGGCACACAAAAACAGCCAGAAAGCCAAACCGAAUCCCAUGGGCAGCGGUCUUGCGCUAGCCAUCUCUCAGGCCUCCCAUUUCUUGCAGCCGCCUCCUCAGCAGUCCAUCAUCAUUGAGCGGAUGCACUCUGGAGCUCGUAGAUUUGUCACGCUAGACUUUGGUCGCCCUGUCCUCCUGACUGACGCUCUCAUCCCAACCUGCUGUGACCUGGCCUCUCUGUCCAUCGACAUCUGGACUCUGGGGGAGGAGGUGGACGGCCGCAGGCUGGUGGUGGCCACUGACAUCAGCACGCACUCCCUCAUCCUACACGACUUGCUACCUCCCCCGGUCUGCAGGUUCAUGAAGAUCACUGUCAUUGGCCGCUACGGCAGCACCAAUGCCCGCGCUAAGAUCCCACUGGGUUUCUACUACGGUCACACUUAUAUUCUGCCAUGGGAGAGCGACCUGAAGGUGGUACACGAUCCGCUGCGGGGGGAGAGUGAGACCACCACUCAGCCAGAUGUGGAGCAGCACCUCACCAUGAUGGUGGCUCUGCAGGAGGACAUCCAGUGCCGGUACAACCUGGCAUGCCAUCGGCUGGAGACUCUGCUGCAGAACAUCGACCUGCCUCCCCUCAACAGUGCCAAUAAUGCACAGUACUUCUUAAGGAAGCCUGACAAGGUGGUGGAGGAAGACCAGCGUGUCUUCUCAGCUUACCAGGACUGCAUCCAGCUGCAGCUACAGCUCAACCUGGCUCACCACGCCGUUCAGAGACUGCGAGUCUCCCUAGGUGCCAGCAGGACGUCUCUGUCCACUGCAAGGUCCUCAGACUCGCCUGAGCUGGUGCACAACUCCUCUACUGAGCAGUUGAGGACCAUCAUUCGGUACCUGCUGGACACUCUGCUGAGCCUGCUGCACUCCAGCAAUGGUCACUCUGUGCCAUCGGUGCUGCAGAGCACCUUCCAUGCUCAGGCCUGCGAGGAGCUCUUCAAACACCUGUGCAUCAGUGGAACGCCGAAGAUCCGUCUGCAUGCUGGCCUGCUUCUGGUCCAGCUGUGUGGAGGGGAACGAUGGUGGGGUCAGUUCCUCUCCAAUGUCCUGCAGGAGCUCUACAACUCGGAGCAGCUGCUUAUCUUCCCCCAGGACCGGGUGUUCAUGCUCUUGUCCUGCAUUGGUCAAAGAUCAUUGAGCAACAGUGGGGUUUUGGAGGGUCUCCUGAACCUGCUGGACAGUCUGUUGUCUCCUCUGCAGCAGCCACAAGCAGCCGCCCAGCGCCGAACUGAGGGUGUUCUGGACAUCCCCAUGAUCAGCUGGGUGGUGAUGCUGGUGUCCCGACUGCUGGACUAUGUGGCCAGUAUAGAAGAUGAAGCGUCUGGUGGAAAGAAGCACAUGGCAGGGAAGGACAGAGAGAGAUCGUUUACUGGAAUUCAGUGGAGCUUCAUCAACAACAACCUUCAGUCCUCAAACUCCAUCCGCUCAGCAAAGGGCAGCAGCAGCUUGGACCGACUCUACUCCAGGAAGAUCCGCAAACAGCUUGUCCACCACAAGCAGCAGUUAAAUCUGUUGAAAGCCAAACAGAAAGUUUUGGUGGAGCAGAUCGAGAAGGAGAAGAUCCAAAGCAACAAAGGCUCCUCCUACAAGCUGCUGGUGGAGCAGGCCAAACUCAGACACGCCACAUCUAAGCACUUUAAAGACCUGAUCCGACUGAGGCGAACAGCCGAGUGGCCGCGAUCCUCGUUGGACGUUGACACAACUGCCAAAGAAGCCCCCGAGGUGGAGCCGCUGCCUUUCACCUUGUCCCACGAGCGCUGCAUAUCUGUGGUCCAGAAGCUGGCGCUCUUCUUACUCUCUAUGGACUUCACAUGCCACGCCGACCUGCUGCUAUUUGUUUGCAAGGUCCUUGCCAGGAUAGCCAACGCCACCAGACCCACCAUCCACCUGUGCGAGGUGGUGUCUGAGCAACAGCUGGAGCGACUCCUGCUGCUGCUCGUUGGCACUGACUUCAACCGAGGAGACAUUUCCUGGGGUGGUGCCUGGGCUCAGUAUUCACUCACAUGUAUGCUGCAGGACAUCUUGUCGGGUGAGCUGCUGUCUCCGGGGAUGAUGGACGUGAUGGACGAGGUGGCGGUGGGCGAGGAGGUCGGGGCUUCGUGUUCGCUCGUGGUGACCGACCCAGAGGACUCCUUGCCCCAGCCAACCCCCAUCCCCUUGGUGGAGAGCAUUGAUGAGGCACUGGUGCCCGAUAUCAUCGCAGGUACUCCAGGGACCCCCUCAGUAUUCCAAAGUGCUCCACCUCUGUCAUCUUUGGAAAAAGAUAAAGACAUAGACUUUGACUUGCUACAAGACCUGAUGGAUGUUGAUAUUGAUCCUUUAGAUAUUGAUUUGGAAAAAGAUCCGCUCGCCGCCAAAGUGUUUAAGCCUAUAAGCAGCACCUGGUAUGAGUACUGGGGCGGCGACUACGACACGUACGGCUACAGUCCGUACGCACAUGGGGGUGUUGGAAUCCCCGUGUCCAAACCUCCAGUGGCCACAGAGAAGUCAGGAUCGCAAGGUCUCUCUGUGUCAGUGUCGCAGGCUUUGGACGCUCGGUUAGAAGUUGGGCUGGAGCAGCAAGCAGAGCUGCUGCUGAAAAUGAUGGCAACUCUGCAGGCCGACUCCAUCCUCCAGGCGCUGACGGCCAGCUCGUCCACAGUGAACCAGGCCACCAACGGCACAGACGACUCUCUGCUCCGAGCGCUCCACGGAGGAGGUUCUCCUCCUGCCAGCAGCUUGAUCGUGCAGUCGUCCUCCAUCCCCAUGCUGAGCUCCUGCUUCAAUAAGCUGUUCUCCAUGCUCCAGGUUCACCACGUCCAGCUCGAGUCUUUGCUGCAGCUCUGGAUCACUCUCAGUCCAAACACCAACCCUGCAGCCAGCGAGGACAGUGGCUCCGACAUCUUCAUGUUUAACUCCUGCAGAGUGCCCACCAUUCCGCUGAAUCAAGCAUCCAUCAGCAGUUUCCUCACAGCGUUGGCAUGGUACCCCAACACCUCUCUGAGAACCUGGUGUCUGGUGCUGCACUCACUCACCCUCAUGACCAACAUGCCAGCCUCUGGCUCCAGCAACACCAUGAGCUCUCAGGAUAGCACCGCACAGGACAUGGUGUCCGACCCCACCCUGGUCCACGUCCUGGUGCGCUUUCUUUCAGGCAGCAGCACCAACGGCACCAGCCAGCACAGCUCGCAGGUGGGGCCCACUGCCACCCAGGCCAUGCACGAGUUCCUGAGCCGCCUGCAGGUGCAUCUGUCCUCCACCUGUCCGCAAAUGUUCAGCGAGUUCCUGCUCAACCUCAUCCACAUCCUGUCCACAGAGAGGGGACCCUUCCAGGCGGGUCAGGGUCCUCUGGAUGCUCAGGUGAAGCUGCUGGAGUUCACCCUGGAGCAGAACUUUGAGGCUGUGUCAGUGGCCACUAUCUCCUAUGUCAUUGAGUCCAUCACCUUCUUGGUGCACCACUACAUCACCUGCUCUGACAAGGUGGUAUCGCGUAGUGGCUCCGACAGCUCGGUGGGAGCACGGGCCUGUUUUGGAGGCCUGUUUGCCAACAUCAUCCGGCCGGGAGAUGCCAAGGCUGUCUGUGGAGAAACCACACGUGACCAACUGAUGUUCGACCUCCUAAAACUGGUGAACGUACUGGUGCAGUUGACCCUGUCAGGGGACAGAGAGUUCAGUGGCAGACAACCGCCGGCUGGCAGUGGAGCCUCCGACUGCAGUGUGUCGGAUGAGGAGAAGGUCCGGGGAAGCAAGGAUGGCAGCAUUGCUGGGGGGUCCUCGUCCUCUCACGCCCCUGCUGCAGGGGUGGCUGAUCUGGUCCUGGCCAACCAGCAGAUCAUGAGCCAGAUCUUGUCAGCACUGGGUCAGUGCAACAGCAGCGCCAUGGCCAUGAUUAUAGGUGCAAGUGGGCUCCACCUCACCAAACAUGAAAACAUCCAUGGCGGCCUAGACGCCAUCUCAGUAGGUGAUGGCCUUUUUACCAUCCUCACCACCCUCAGUAAACGGGCCACCUCAGUGCAGGUCAUGCUGCAGCCUAUUCUCACCUACAUGGCCUGUGGAUACAUGGGGCGCCAGGGGUCCCUGUCCACUUGUCAGCUGUCAGAGCCGCUCCUUUGGUUCAUCCUCCGGGUGCUGGACACCAGCGAGGCUCUCAAGGCCUUUCAUGACAUGGGCGGCGUCCAGCUGAUCUGUAACAACAUGGUGACCAGCACACGGGCCAUUGUCAACACCGCGCGCAGCAUGGUAUCCACAAUCAUGAAGUUCCUGGACUCAGGUCCUGGAAAAACAGCAGACGGGAACCUUAAAGCCCGAGUGAUGACAUCUGAGCCUGACAAUGCUGAGGGGCUGCACAACUUUGCUCCUUUAGGCACCAUCACGUCCAGCAGUCCGACAGCUCAGCCAGCUGAAGUCCUCCUACAAGCCACACCACCUCACCGCAGGGCCCGCUCUGCAGCCUGGUCUUACAUCUUCUUGCCAGAGGAGGCCUGGUGUGAUCUGACCAUUCACCUGCCCGCAGCCGUGUUGCUGAAGGAGCUGCACAUACAGCCACACCUUGCCUCACUAGCCACCUGCCCCUCCUCUGUCUCUGUGGAGAUCAGCGCUGAUGGUGUCAACAUGCUGCCCCUCUCCACCCCCAUCAUCACCAGCGGCCUCACCUACAUCAAGAUCCAGCUGGUGAAGGCUGAGGUGGCCUCUGCUGUCUGUCUGCGGCUGCACCGGCCUCGUGAUGCCAGCACACUGGGACUGUCUCAGAUCAAACUUCUGGGCCUGACGGCUUUUGGCAACACCUCAUCCGCAACCAUCCAAAACCCCUUCCUGCCUUCAGAGGACCAGGUGUCUAAAACCAGCAUCGGUUGGCUGCGUCUCCUGCACCACUGUCUGACCCACGUCAGCGACCUGGAGGCCAUGAUGGCGAGCGCAGCAGCCCCCACAGCCAAUCUCCUGCAGACCUGCGCGGCACUGCUGAUGUCGCCCUACUGCGGCAUGCACUCGCCCAACAUUGAAGCUGUGCUGGUCAAGAUUGGCCUGCAGUCCACCCGCAUCGGCCUCAAGCUCAUCGACAUCCUGCUGCGUAACUGUGCAGCCUCAGGCACCGACCCUGCCAACUUGAACAGUCCACUGUUGUUUGGGCGGUUAAACGGUCUCUCCUCCGAUGCUACGAUUGACAUUCUGUACCAGUUGGGCACCACCCAGGACUCGGGCACCAAAGACAGGAUCCAGGCUCUUCUGCAGUGGGUCUACGACUCCUCUCGGGUUGCCGCCCACAAAGUCACUCCCAUGGGAUACGCCAGGGCAGGAAGUGGUUCUUCUUCUACUGCGUCCACCAGGGAGUACGGUCUCCUCAUGCCUUCACCCUCCCACCUUCACUGUGUGGCAGCAAUUUUGUGGCACAGCUACGAGCUUCCUGUGGACUACGACCUUCCGGCUCUGCUCAACAGAGAACUCUUUGAAUUGCUCUACAACUGGUCCAUGUCGCUGCCAUGCAACAUUGUGCUGAAGAAGGCCGUGGACAGCCUGCUGUGCUCCAUGUGCCACAUCCACCCCAGCUACUUCUCUCUGCUCAUGUCUUGGAUGGGCAUUGUGUCAGCGCCCAGCGCUACACACUCGCAGGCGCAGCACCGAAGGCUAGCCAUGACUGACGAUGGUAAGAAGCAGCACGACGCCACCACCAGCGCCGCCGGCCUCACCGACGACUCCAAGCACGCCAGACCUCCAGUUAACCUGUCAGAGUCCCAGCUGACCACACUGGCUGCUGCCUCCCAGUCUCCGGGCGCCAUCGAGCAGCUUCUGGAGUCCGGUCUGCCCUCAUUGCUGGUCCGCAGUCUGGCCCAAUUUUGCGUCAGCCUCCUGGCAAGCGCCGACCUACCUCUCCCAGCCGCUAUGUCAGACCGACGACACCACCACUACCACCCCUGCUCCUCUGCCUCGCAUGCUCGAUCCCCUGUGGCUGCAGAGCUCGCAGCUCCAGUGCUGCGCUUCCUCACCGAGGUGGGCAACAGUCAUGCCAUGAAAGACUGGUUAGGAGGACCAGAGGUCAACCCGCUGUGGACGGCUCUGCUCUUCCUGCUGUGCCACUCCAGUGCCAGUGCCAAUUCGGGCUGCCAGCCUCUAAGUACAGGCUCCACAUCCUGCAACCUCCAGACUCCGCAGCCGUCAGGCUCACGCUUCUCCUUGGCUUCAUCUGGACAUAGCGGAGGUCUGACGACGCAGCAGAGAACAGCCAUGGAGAACGCCACUGUGGCCUUCUUCCUGCAGUGCAUCUCCUGCCACCCCAACAACCAGCGACUCAUGGCCCAGGUUCUUUGUGAACUCUUCCAGUCUGCUCCACUGCGUGGCAACAUGCCAAUAUCUGGAAACAUCUCUGGCUUCAUCCGGAGGCUGUUCCUGCAGCUUAUGUUGGAGGAUGAGAAAGUCACCGUCUUCCUGCAGUCUCCCUGUCCGCUCUACAAAGGACGCAUUAAUGCCACCAGUCACAUGAUUCAGCAUCCCAUGUACGGAGCCGGUCACAAGUACCGGACCCUCCACUUGCCCAUCUCCACCACCCUGGCCGAGGUCCUGGACCGAGUCUCUGACACACCAAGCAUCACGGCCAAGCUGAUCAAUGAGCAGAAAGAGGACAAGGAGAAGAAGAAUCAUGAGGAGAAGGAGAAGAUGAAAGCUGACAAUGGUUUCCAGGACAAUUACAGUGUCGUUGUGGCCUCGGGUUUGAAGUCACAAUCCAAGCGCGCGCUCUCCACCCCUCCGCGGCCGCCUUCCAGGAGGGGCCGGGUGAUGAGCGAUAAGUUGACGUCGUCCUCUGGUGUGGACCCAUCUGCUAAAACCAUCAGUGUCCCAGUCUUCCACCUGUACCACAAGCUGCUUCCAGGUCAACCCCUCCCACCGGAGAUGACUCUGGCUCAGCUGCUGAUGCUGCUGUACGACCGCAAGCUGCCUCAGGGCUACCAAUCCAUUAACCUGACCGUCAAACUGGGCUCCAAGCUUAUCUCUGACCCCGGCCUGUCCAAGACCGACUCCUUCAAGAGGCUGCGCACAGAGAAAGCAGACCACGCAGACAUCCUGAACAGCUGCCCAGAAGACGAGCCCAUGACACCGAGCGACGACUGUCUGGAUGCUGCUACAGAUGAGUCCCUGCUGGAGACCAACCCCAUCCAAUCUCCGCUGCAGGUCUUUGCUGGCAUGGGAGGUCUUGCUCUGAUUGCGGAGCGGCUGCCCAUGCUCUACCCUGACGUCAUCCAGCAGGUCAGCGCCCCGGUGGUGCCGUCUGCCACGCAGGAGAAGCCCAAGGACAGUGAUCAGUUCGAGUGGAUCACCAUCGAGCAGUCUGGAGAGCUGGUGUACGAGGCUCCUGAGUCCAUCGUGACAGAGCUUCCUCCCAGCAAACAGCAGCAGCCGCCGUCUGCCACAUCAGCCUCGUCCUCGGUGCAGACCAUGUCGCCCAUCCCUGCCCACUCUCUGGCUGCCUUCGGACUGUUCCUGCGUCUGCCCGGAUAUGCCGAGGUCCUGCUGAAAGAGAGGAAGCAUGCUCAGUGUCUGCUGCGCCUGGUGCUGGGUGUCACCGAUGAUGGCGAGGGCAGUCACAUUCUGCAGUCCCCUUCUGCUAAUGUGCUGCCCACACUGCCAUUCCAUGUCCUGCGAGCUCUCUUCAGCAGCACCCACCUUACCACGGACGACGGCGUGCUGCUGCGGCGUAUGGCUCUUGAGAUUGGAGCCAUCCACUUGAUCCUCGCCUGCCUGUCUGCCCUCAGCCACCACGCUCCCCGGAAUCCCAACGCCAACUCCGGUGUCUCUGAGCCUCAGAUGUCCAGUUGUCAUGGUACCGGCACCAGUGAGGAGCAGCAGCUGUACUGGGCCAAGGGAACCGGCUUUGGAACUGGGUCCACAGUGUCAGGUUGGGAUGUGGAGCAGGCUCUGACCAAACAGCGGCUGGAGGAGGAACACGUCACCUGCCUGCUGCAGGUUCUCGCCAGCUACAUCAACCCGGCUGGCUCCGGCAGCUGCCACGGCGCCGACGCCUCGUCAGCCGACAGCAGAGCCCACAACAGCUCAGCUCUUCCAGCUGUGCUGCAGGAGCUGCUGAGCCAGUCCUGUCUCAUCCCUGCCAUGUCUUCCUACCUACGCAACGACUCAGUUUUGGACAUGGCUCGCCAUGUUCCCCUGUACCGCGCUCUGCUGGAGCUGUUGAGGGCCAUCUCCACCUGCACGUCUUUAGUUCCCCUGCUACUCCCGCUCUCAGGCGACCCGGGCCACGAAGAGGACGAGGAGGACGAGGAACACUCGGAGGGCCAGACCUCUGUGGGGAUGCUCCUGGCCAAGAUGAAAACUUGCGUGGACACAUACACCAACCGUCUCAGGUCAAAGAAAGAUAAGAGCAAAGGUGUGGUGAAGACAGAUAACUCUGAUCCAGAGCCCGAGGGCCUGACUCUGCUGGUGCCCGACAUCCAGAGGACGGCCGAGAUCGUCUACGCAGCCACCACCAGCCUGCGGCAGGCCAACCAAGAGAGGAAACUGGUGGAGUCGUCCAGGAAAGCGUCCAGCAGGCCUAAGACGUUGUCUAUCCUGCGCUCUAUGGAGGAGAAAUAUGUGGCUGCCAUGAAGAAGCUGCAGUUUGAUACCUUCGAGAUGGUGUCAGAAGAUGAAGACGGGAAGCUCAUGUUCAAGGUCAACUACCACUACAUGUCUCAGGUGAAGAACGCCAGCGACACCAACAGCGCCGCGCGUUCCCGCCGCCUGGCUCAGGAGGCCGUCACGCUCUCCACGUCGCUCCCCUUGUCGUCUUCCUCCAGUGUCUUCGUCCGGUGCGACGAGGAGCGGCUGGACAUCAUGAAGGUUCUCAUCACCGGUCCGGCCGACACGCCGUACGCCAACGGCUGCUUCGAGUUCGACGUCUAUUUCCCUCAAGACUAUCCCAACUCUCCUCCACUGGUCAACCUGGAGACCACGGGUGGACACAGCGUGCGCUUCAACCCUAAUCUCUAUAAUGAUGGCAAGGUGUGCUUAAGCAUCCUCAACACUUGGCAUGGCAGACCGGAGGAGAAGUGGAACCCCCAGACCUCGAGCUUUCUCCAGGUGCUGGUCUCUGUGCAGUCCCUCAUCCUGGUGGCCGAGCCGUACUUCAACGAGCCCGGGUACGAACGCUCGCGUGGGACUCCCAGCGGCACCCAGAGCUCGCGAGAGUACGACGGCAACAUCCGGCAGGCCACCGUCAAGUGGGCCAUGCUGGAGCAGAUGCGCAACCCGUCCCCGUGUUUUAAGGAGGUGAUCCACAAACAUUUCUACCUGAAGAGGACGGAGAUCAUGUCGCAGUGCGAGGACUGGAUCGCCGACAUCCAGCAGUACAGCAGCGACAAGAGAGUCGGCCGCACCAUGUCGCACCACGCCGCUGCGCUCAAGCGUCACACGGCUCAGCUCAGAGAGGAGCUCCUGAAGCUGCUCUGCCCUGACGGUCUGGAGCCGGACAUCGUCGACCUGUCGGAGAAAGGCGGCGAGCCGCUGCUCAAAGACCUGCCGGGCCCCGAGGCGGACAAGCCCGGCGGCAGCCAGGACGGCCCCUGCAGCGACGGCCCUCUAUGAGCGCCCCCUCCCCUCCUCCCCCGUCUACGACAGAGCGACCACCCGAUCAAGACUGUGGGCCUCAGCACGGCCGCCAUCAUGUCAAUAUUUGUAUGUAAAGACAGCGGCGAGGUGGCCACUCUUUUAUCGACCUGUACAAGAGUGUAAACAAUUUGUGUUUUUUUUCCUCCCCCCCAGUUGUGAGAUAACCACUGACGUAUGUUAUUAAACUUGUUUAUGUGUAAACGCAACAGAUUAUAUGAGGGAACGACCUUUUAGAAGAAUGUUUACUGAAUCUUCUGUUCUGUCGGACUGUCAGCACGGCGGCGUGACAAGCCUUGAUUAUUUAAGAAGAGCUGGAGUCGGAGACCCCCCUGCCCCC